AUGAUUGAAGCUCAAAUGCCUCAAGAAUUGGUCGAAAAAUUCAUUGCCACAUAUGAGUCUAGUAGAGCUCCGUCUACUGGAAUUUUAUUAUACAAUAUUUGGAAAAAUUUCAAGGAUUUAAUCAUUUCAAAUCCGAUAGAAGAUCAAUCUAUAAUCGAAGCAAUUAACCAGACGUCGUUAGAAAAUUCAGUUGUGUCACCACAGGAUGACUAUGAAAUCCAAUUUGACGGUUCGCUGAAUGUGAUUGACGAACAAGAUUUAUUAGAUCAGUACCCUUCAAUCCCCAGUUCGUCAAUUAAUAACAGCAACUUGGAGGACAAUAUGAUAAUUAGCAGUUCGUUGGUCGAAUUAUCUACUGGAUUAGAGCCAAUAAUUAAUCGUAAAAAUCAUAACAAUAGCAGUGACAGUAUGGCGUUAAUCACCGAUUUUGAUAUGAGUAUUGACAAUGUAACUUAUCAAAAACCAAUACUUCUCAUAAUAAUACCGAAAACAUUAAUAUGUCAGUUGAUACAGGGUCUUAUGACGAAACAAACAAUAAUAAUUUGUUAAGUAAAAAUUUACAAG